AUGCCUCUGGGGGGAGGCUGCCGCUGCCCCCCGGCCUGGCUGCUGCUGCUGUGCCAGGGGCUGCUGGCUGCAGGUGGCCGAGCCGCAGGGCACCAGGGGUGCCAGGAACAAGCUGUGGCUGCCCCUGGAGCUCUGCGGCUGCUGCCCAAGGAGCCUCGGGAGCCGUGGCAGGAGCUUGCGUGGAAGCUGAAUCUGGACAAGGAACGGCAGCAGCGGAUCCUGGAGGUCCGGAACGGAACUGCCACCUCCUUCCCGAGUCCCUUCGCCGGCAGAGUCACUUUCCAGUGGCCAGAGCCCUCCCUGCAGCUCAGCCCCACCAGCGCAGCCGACUCCGGGCUCUACCUGGUGGAGUUCGGGCACCCUUCAGGGGCUGUCACCACCUUCUGCUUCCAGGUGGUGGUGUGGGAGCCUCUCCCCCAGCCCCUGCUGGAGACCCACAUCGUGCACCGGGAGCAGGGCUGCUGCAACCUCUCCCUGCUCUGCAGCCUGCCUGCUGCCGGCAGCAUCUCCUACAGCUGGUCCUGCCCCGGGGCUGCCCUGGCUGGGAACCAAUCCUGGCUGCACCUGGAGGUCCAGGAAGGUGCUGAGGCCGUCCUGUGCCACUGCAAUGCCAGCAACCCUGUGAGCUGGGUGGUGGCCAGCACUGAUGUCUCAGCUGCCUGCCAAGCUGCAGCCUCAGGGCGCUGGUGGAUGCUGGCUGUGCCCCUGGCUCUGCUGCUGGCCAUCUCCAUAGCCCUUGGAGCCUUCUGCUGCCGGAGGAGGAAGCCACAGAAGGACCUCCCAGAAGGGCACGACGAGCAGAUGCUGACUGUCUACGAGGAGGUAGGCAAAGCCCGAGCCAGCCAAGCCCUGAACGGCAGCAGCCAGAGCCCCGCGGCAGGCAGCACCAUCUACGCCCUGGUCUCCACCAAGGCACAGCAGGACCCCAACCGACCUCAGGACCCCCAGAGCUCCACCAUCUAUGCCACAGUUCAGGCCACCAGGAAGUCUCCUUCCCUGAGGAGGAAGAGGCUGAACCCAGCUUUGGUCUCCACUGCCUACACAGAGGUACUGGGCAUGGGGACCCUUCGCUCCCUGCCCGGGAGCUGCUUCGCCCUCUCCCGGCUGCCCUCCAGCAGCCCCCCGCCCCCCGCCCCCCGCCCCGGGCCGCGCAGGGGGCUGGGGAUCCGCUGGAUCCCUCGCCGGUGA